AGCACAGUCACCGGAUCUCAACACUAUUGUGCUGUUGUGGGAGCAGCUUGACCGGAUGGUGCGUAAGAAAUGCCCAUCAAGCCAAUCCAACUUGUGGGAGGUGCUUCAGGAAGCAUGGGAUGAAAUCUCUUCAGAUUACUUCAACAAAUUGACAACUAGAAUGCCAAAGGUCUGCAGGGCUGUAAUUGCUGCAAAUGGAGGAUUCUUUGACAAAAGAAAAGUUUGAAGAACACAAUUAUUUCAAUUAAAAGUCAUUUAUUUAUAACCUUGUCAACGUCUUGACCAUAUUUCCUAUUCAUUUUGCAACUCAUUUCAUGCAUGUUUUCAUGGAACACAAAGACCUUUCUAAGUGACCCCACACUUUUGAAUGGUAGUGUACAUAUGAUAUGAGUAAUGUAAGAUAUGUAAACAUUAUUAAAGUGGCAUUGUUUUAAGUGACUAGUGAUCCAUUUGUUAAAGUGGCCAGUGAUUGGGUCUCCAUGUAGGCAGCAGCCUCUCUGAGUUAGUGAUUGCUGUUUAGCAGUCUGAUGGCUUUGGGGGUGCCACACUCAGAGUGCCCUCACCACCUCCCUGUAGGCUGUCUCGUCAUUGUUGGUAAUCAAGCCCACUACUGUUGUCGUCUGCAAACUUGAUUGAGUUAGAGGCAUCAUGAAGCCUCCAGCUUGAUGAUGAGCUUGGAGGGAACUAUGGUGUUGAAUGCUGAGCUGUAGUCAAUGAACAGCAUUCUUACAUAGGUAUUCCUCUUGUCCAGAUGGGAAUGUGCAGUGUGAUGGGGAUUGCAUCCUUCUCUCAAAGCACUUCAUGAUGACAGAAGUGAGUGCUACAGUGCGGUAGUCAUUAGUUAAUCUUUGCCUUCUUGGGUAUAGGAACAAUGGUGGCCAUCUUGAAGAAUGUAGGGACAGCAGACUUGGGUUGGGAGCGAUUGAAUAUAUCCGUAAACACACCAGCCAGCUGGUCUGCGCAUGCUCUGAGGACGCGGCUAGGGAUGCCGUCUGGGCCAGCAGCCCUGCGAGGGUUAACACGUUUAAAUGUUUUACCCACGUCGUGAAGGAGAGACGUGAGGGCGGGCUUUGUAUGCCACGUCGGAAGUUAGUAGCAGUGGUCGAGUUUAUUACUCCCGCGCGUAGUGCCCAAGCCAGACUGCCCAUACAGACAACAUUCCGGUCUAUCUGGCAUUGUGUGUUCUGCCUGUGGCCGUACAGCAGUUUGUCUGCGGUAAUGAUGGGUGAGAAUGACCCUGCGGACAGGAAGAGGGCACAGCCAGAUCCACGUUGGGCAGAUGGAUGUGGUACCAUGUUUGUUUGACUCUGACUCACUAGUGUGUCUCUGGGGAAUUAACUGUGUUCACCCGGAAGGUUCCAGUUUUUGUUGUUGCCUUGAAUGCCCUCUCUCGUUCACCCCUCCUUAUCGCUCUCGCUCUCUCCCUUUUCUCACACCAUCUCUCCUCCUUUCUCCAUGCUGUCUCUUGAGUCCCGACUCCCACCCAGCCAGCCUCUCUCUGAUGUAGAUUCAUCAUGUUUAAGAGAACCUCAGGGAUUAUGGUGGAUUAGCAGUGGGCAUUAAUGGUUAUGUAAAAUCCAGCAUUGUGAUUUGCUGGAAUUAGAGGUGGGCUAGAGUUGGGGGUGUGGUUUGGCCCGCUGGUGGAGAAGGGCAGAAGGGGUGAGAGAGUAAGGGAAAGAGUCAGGCUCAGAGAGCUGGGACCUGGCAGUGCUCCCUGUUGUGAAGGGGAGGAGAGAGUACUCAGUUUGGAGGUGGAGUCAGCUGUGGCAUUUGCCCAAACCCUAGGCACCUCACUUAGCCAGAGGGUCUUAGUCUGCCUGGCUCUGCCUGCUGUCUGUCUGGUCCGUACCCUGCUCAGUCUUCUCCUCUUGAUCUCUCUGGUUGCUCCUCCACCUGGAUCUCAAAAUCCUGGACUUGGUUCUCUAGUUCUGUGGCUCGCACACCCUGUGUUCCUCUCGGGAUGUCUCUCUGAUUCUCGGGACCUAUAGAUCUCGAAGCUAUAUCCCAGGACUGGGCACCAUGUAGUCUUCCCACCCCCCCAUGCUGCCGCCACCGCUCUGUGAUGAUGUUCUGUACCACCUUCCUGUCCUCUCCCUCUGAGGACCUAUCUGAGGGGGGAGGAGGAGGAGGGGGGAUCCAUCCGGGAGGGUGUCUCUCCACCCUCCACUGCCUGAUCCUUCCCCAGGAGGAACUAUAUGCGCCCCCCUCGGACCCUACCAACCGCCUCUCGCUGCGCCACGGGGACCAGGCCUGCAGUGUGGUGGGUGAAAUGCUGCUGGACGUCAACAUGGCAGCUAUCAGCGGGUGUAAGGGGGACAGAGGGGGGAGGAAGGGGGACGGAACUCCCUGUGACUGUAGUCCCUCAGUCUCGCCCUCUGUCAGAAAGAGCCCCCGUGGGGACUCGAGCCACAGAGGCCCGGCCCUGCCCAUGGCCACGGUGGACAUCAAGAACCCAGAGAUCAACACUGUGUCACGGUUCCACGGACACACCUCUCACAUUAACAACAUGGUGAGCACCAGCUUCAACAACAACAACAAGAAGGAGAAGAAGGUGAAGGGAAAGAAGGGCAAGAAGCUGACCAAGGCAGACAUCGGAACACCCAGCAACUUCCAGCACGUCGGCCACGUCGGCUGGGACCCUAACACAGGCUUCGAUUUGAACAACCUAGACCCGGAGCUGAAGAACCUGUUUGACAUGUGUGGCAUCUCUGAGGCCCAGCUGAAGGACAAGGAGACCUCCAAGGUCAUCUAUGACUUCAUCGAGAAGAAGGGAGGCGUGGAGGCAGUCAAGAUCGAGCUCCGCAGACAAGGUCCUCCACCUCCAAGGUGGUGUGCCCCCCCACCCCCUCCUUCCAGAGGUGGACCACCACCCCCUCCCCCACACCAGACCUCCGGCCCCCCGCCCCCACCCAUCAGGGGAAGGGGUGCGCCUCCCCCUCCUCCCCCCUCCAGAGCGCCCACCUCAGCCCCACCACCACCUCCCCCCUCCAGAACAGGCAUGGGAGCACCACCCCCACCCCCAACCAGAGGCCCUCUGCCCCCUCCUCCCCAGCCUUCCCUUGCCUCCCUGGCUCCCCAUGCCCCACCUCCUCCCCCGCCUCCCUCCUCCGCCCCAGCAGGUAUGGGUUCCGGAGCACCCCCUCCUCCUCCCCCGCCUCCCGGCCCUCCUCCCCCACCCAUGCUGCUGGAAGUUGAUGGAGGGGGUGGUGGUGCUGGUAAGCCCUCAGCCCUGUUGAGCCAGAUCAGGGAGGGGGCUCCGCUGAAGAAGGUAGAGCAGAAGGAGAGGCCCGUUUCCACCAGCACCGGCCGAGACGGUCUCCUUGAACAGAUACGACAGGGCAAGCAGCUAAAGGCUGUGACUGACGAACCAGGGUCAGGAGGACCCGCCACUCCAUCAGCCGGCAUCGUAGGAGCUCUGAUGGAGGUGAUGCAGAAGAGGAGCAAAGCCAUCCACUCCUCAGAUGAUGAUGACGAUGAUGAUGAGGAAGAGGACUUUGAGGAUGAUGAUGAGUGGGAUGACUAGUGACCCCCCCCUCCCCCGGAUGACUAUGACAACACUACAUUGUUCCUAAAUUGUUUUUCUAAAUCUUAUUCAAAUGAUAAUGUAAAUGUUUUAUCAAUUUGCUGUAUAUUUUUGUUGCCUUUAUGCUUUUUUUUUUAUUAUUAUUCUGUGCAAUACCUCAUUUAAUCUGUAAAGGUUUGUCAUGUUAUCUUUCUGUAAAGUUCUUCUCUCCUGCAUUAACAUUUUUUUAUGUCAAGUUUCUCUUGAUCUGUAGAUUUCAGUCAGUGACUGGAGGGAGAACAAGUGAACAAACUGACAGAGCCCUUAAUGUUAUAGUUGUUAAAAAUCGAGAACACUAUUUUCAUACCCUUCUCUUACUUCAUUUUUACUUAUUCAAAAAUCCUAGUUUAGCACUCUUAUUUUCUUACGAAAUCAGCUCUGUUGGAAUAUUUAGUCCCAUUCGCUGUCGAUGGUAAAUCGACUCAGAGUUUGUAUUUUUGCACGAAUUGAAAGAAGAGGCUCAGUACGUGAAUACAGAGCAGUAUCAUGGCUGUAUCUGCAACGUUAUGCUUUAAAGGAUAUCACUUCAAUUAUCCAAUACUGUCAACCCGUACACUACAGUAGUACACACACACACAGCUGUCUGCUCUGCGUUUCGGUUUGUUUCAUCAGUUACAAUACAGUAUACUCUACAAACAUUUGUUUUACUGUAGCAAUCAGCCGCCUACAGUUAUUUGUUUGAAUCAGGUCGAUGCGGAUGCAAAGCUUGAGGAUGAAUUAGUUUUGUCAACUUAAUAUGACAUCUGAACUGUUCCACUAACAAACUGUCCUUCAGAACCAGUGAACCACACUAACACUCAUCUACCAUUGACACUAACCUGUCUCUACACAGAGGGAUACUGCUUUCUCAUUGGGGAAGGGAACCAAUGCUGUUUUUUACAGUAUCGCUCUGUAUGUUUUCACGGUAGUGAAACUCUGUUCAGUAACCAGGAUAUAUGGACCUCAAACCUUCAGAAAUGAGGUUGGAAGAAUAAUGGACUAUUAAAUUGUACACUCAAAUAAAUGUUAAUAUUUAAA